AUGGUCAGCACCAGCAAAUGCUCGAGUGAUCCUGCUGCUGCUCUGUCUUUCAUGUUUGCUUCUGAAGGCCCAAUAAAGAACAGUGAGGAGGUGCUGCUGCCUCCAGCAGCAGCAGCAGCAGCAGCAGGCAGCAGCAUCAGCAGCAGCUGCUGCUGCAGCAGAGCUUGGCGCUUCUUUCGCUGCAGGUGCUGCGGUGUCUUGACGCAUGCAGCUGCUGCUGACUCAGCGGGCCCUUCUGUUGCUCUUUUCAUUGGCUUCGAGUGUAUGGACAGCAAGCGCAGCGCAGCAGCAGCAGCAGCAGCAGCAGCAGCAGCAGAAGCGGCACCGUCAGCUGCUGCUCCUGCUGCUACCGCUGGUGCUGUCGCCGAGGUGGAAAACAAAAGAGGUUGCUGCUACUUGAAGCAAGGAAGCCUCCGUAGCAGUAGCAGCAGCACUAGCAGCAGCAGCAGCAGCAGCAGCAGCAGCAGCAGCAGCAGCAGCAGCAGCAGUUCGUCAGCUGAAGAGUGUGAGGGGAUCUACAGCCCUAAAUGGGGCCGAGUGUUUCUGGGAGAGGCAUUUGUUGCAGCAGAUAAAGAGAAGAAAGGUGGGGGCAAGCACAGGCGCCGCAGCAGCAAACAGCAGCAGCAGCAGCAGCUGCUGCAGCAGCAGCUGCAGCAGCAGCUGCUGCAGCAGCCGCAGCAAAAUCACGUCAAGGAGCUGCCGUUUCGGCUGCUGCACCACCGGAAAGUCCUCUCACUUUGUCUUGCUGAUUUAUUAUUUCCCAAGCAGCAGCAACAGCAGCAAACAUAUUUGGUUAAGCUGACAGACGUGCAGCAGCAGCAGCAGCAGCAGCAGCAGCAACUGCUGCAUUAG